CAUUACUGGAAGAUUAGAAGAGUGUCCUGUUAUGACCAGUUUCAUGCGGAAAUUUCAGCUUAGUCAUUUCCAUCACCUGCAGACUGACAUUUCUGUGAGUCACUCAAACUUUCAUUUGAAGGUUUGUUCACAGGUAAGCAGCUGAUCUCAGUGUUCCGAGGCUCCGCCCAAACCGUCUAUUACCCACACCUACAUGUCGUAUUUAUCAUAUUUCUUAUGUUAUCCAAACAUAUCAUCUGAACAUUGUAUAGUCCCAGUGGGCGGACGCGAUGACGCACGCGCUCGAACCUGUGCUCAUCCUGUAAAGUGCGAAGAUGGGCAGUGUUUAUUAACAUGUAGUGUGCGGAAUGUGGUUUUGGAUGCAGCCCAAAAGCCCUCGAGGUUUCUAAGUGUGUGUGCAUGUGUGUUAGAGGGGGAGAAAUCUCUAAAACUCCAGGACGCACGCUUCCCAAUCUGUACACACACACACACACACACACACACACACACACACACACACACACACACACACACACACACACGAACGGAACGCACGCACGAAAGGAACGCGCGCACGCACGGGUGCGUACGCUUCUUUUCCGGCCCGAUUUCGGGUCACUGAUGUUUACACGUGCAAGUGGAAUCAUGUCUGCAUGUCGCUUUCGGAGGAAACGGAGAAAAUAGAAGAUCCACCGAGUUUUGUUGGAAGUCUCAUGGUCCACAUGAAGGAGGUUAAGAUCGGAGGGUUCGCAUGUGUGUUGGUGUUGUUAUUUUCUGGGCUUGUCACCUGCUCUGGUGCGUUUGCAAGCCCUUUGACUGACGAUGUGGCCACAUUAGACACUCUGAGAGAAAACAUUCCCAAGGAUUACAAAAUUCGUGUUCGAUACAUUUCCAAAGACGCGGGAGGGACGUGCUGGGUCCACCUGAACCUGUAUCCAGUAGAGAGCAGUUUGAAAAACUUAGCCCUGAAGUUUGGUAACCUUUCAGCCAACAGAGAAAAUAUUACAAUCUUCAUCACCAUGCUGCAGGGACUUCGCUUCACCAUCGAUAACGAGGAGCUGGAGUCAACAAUGCAGGCCUUCAGGUGUCAUUAUCGAAGUGCACGAUGGUCCACCAGACGUUAUUUUGACCACAUCAAAGAGGUUCUUGUAACGUUUGCCUCAACACCCCGCCAGUUUCACUGUACUCCUCCUCCAUGUCCCACCCCUACUGCACCUCCACUUACCGCAGAUCGGCGUGUGAUUGACAGAGCGAUCCCGGGUGUUCUAGCGCUGAUUAUCAUUCCCUCUCUUGCUGCACUUGCACUCAUUAUAAGAACAGUGCUUCGUCGAAGAAUGUGCUGUGCACAACGGGGACAACGGGGAUGUGGAGAGACAAGUGACACAGAGCCACAAAGUGACCCUGAAGCCGGUGUAGAAGUGUCACCCAACAACAGUGACUCAUCUGCCUUAAAUAACCAAUACAGGUACGAAGGCUUCUUUUUAGACCACCACAGUAUAACACUACAAAUGUUGCUGCUUUAAGUAACAACAAACCAAGCGUUUGUUUUUGUUUUGUAAACAAGAGAUGACACAAAAAAAACGCCUCACUUUGUUCGUGUUACCUUCCCUUCAGGGCGCAGCUGGCGCUCGAGGACACAGGAGUCUAACCCGCCGCACCUAAAGUAUUUGAAGGCAUUCUUUGGAUAUAUGAAGUACAUAAAGAAGGGCGUUGAACACAGUCCCAGGAUCGACUGCUCUUACCAAGCCUCUUUUUUGGCUGUAAAGUUGUACACUAAACAGUUAGCCAUGUGUUUGAUGAAUAUCCAACAAUGACCUCACUCGCAAGAAUCCCAAACUCUUCCGCCCCCAGCGUUGGACUCUCCAGCUGCCUAAUAGAUAGUAAAUCAAUGUGCCUCUGCUGGAUUGCACAAACAAGAAGGCAUGCUUGAAAACAGUCUGGUGGAACGCUUUGGUGAUUUAGUGGUUUGGCCGGAACAGGAAGCACAGCUCUUUUGAAGAAGUGGUCACGGCAGAGGCGCAACCGCUGCGAUGCCUGCGGCAGGUCCGUUUCUUUGAGGCUAACUGCUGGUGCUGCAGGCCUUAUUUUGGAGGACAAAUGGCUUUUUUGUGUUGCAUUGCAGAGGCUUCAUCCAUGUUGCGGCAUGGCACUGCAGCAGAACAGUGAGCGUUCUUGUCCUGGCGGUAUGCACGGUCCGGAGCACUGGAUGGCGGAUGAAAGAUCCGUCGCAGAUUACAACUCAUUCAUGAGCAUUUUAGGAUUUCUUUGCGGACAGGGCAGAGUGUCACCAAACGUGGGUGUGAGAGGUACAGUGGUGGUGACGGUUGCAUUGUUUAUUACAGGCGUGUGUUUGUUUGUGUGGGAAGCGUGGUAAGAGGCAACACACUCUUGUUAGUAAAGUCAAGGUCAUCUUGCAUGCGGGUUGUAAUUGUUUCUGGUGGUCAUACUGAAAUGCAACAAUUGUAUGAGCUGGCCCACUCCAAAAGUACGUCCUUUACAAAGCAAAAAAAAAGCCGGCCCACUCUUACCACUUCAUCUGCCGCUAAAAUUCCUGCGGUAUGGCGGUGAUCCAAACACGUCCAAAUCUGAUGGCCAGAAUACAGCGACACCUCCACUGUGAUUAGACUGUAUGCUUACAGCUGGACCACUUUUGGCCCAAAAUACAAAUAAUACAUUUAAAGCAUUAGCCAAAUUUGAGGAAUUUUGUCAUUUUCCCUGAAAACAUAUUGGCUGCUUACCAUUGGUCAGGUUUUUGUCCACAAUCCAUUCACUCCUUAACAAAACACUUGGUUUGGUACUGUAGCUCCACAAAUUGGCUUUACACUGUAUUAUAUUUGGCUUUUUUUCUUUUUUUUUGUCACUGGUCAUGAAUUGAUGAUCAGUGCUCACUGAAUUCUGAGGCAUAUUUAAUGUCGUCAUGACAUUAUCCCAAAUAUUUUCCUAAGUGCUGCUACGAUACUUAUAAAAAAAGCCAGCAAUUUUGAGAACGGCACAGAAUUACACUAAACUGACAAGACAAAAUGUAAAGAAACCACACUAACAGACUGAAACGAAUCUCCGUAUUACCUCAAGCUCCCGUUGAAGAAUGUUUCUGUACCGGCUUUCUGCACAAGCCCAGAUCGAUGAUGUACAGUAAGCAUCGACGUGAGCUCGUGUAGUAAUUUCCUUUAGAAGGGAACUUCAUUUUCGUAUUUGUACGAAUUUGCAUUGGGAUCAUUUAAUACAGCGUGACAAGUAAUCAUUUUAAAAGACGGAAAAACAAUUCCAGACUCGGCUACUAAUAAACACACUUAUCUCUAAAGCAGGAGGAGAAAGAGCUGACUGUAUUCCUGACAAUAAGCAGAGAGUCAAAGUGCAUGAGAAUCGGGGCCACAUGAUGUAUCUGAGUCACAUCCCAUAAUUCGAUUCUUACUUCGUGUGUCUGUUUCGCUCGGCUUCUGAAGAUGGGUUUAUCCGUACAGCAGCUGUCCCGGAUUACAGCGUACAGUAGACGAUGUACUGUAGCGGAUAACAGAAUUUUCUACUGAAAAUGUAUCGUAGCAAAGAUUGAUAAAGUGUACACUGUUGACAAAGCCAUAUUAAACAUCCAGCAUCCUUCUAAAUAUUGUGCUGAGCAAUUUUCCUCCUGACUCACAGUUUGAGUGCCAGUAUUAGACAGGGCAAUUUGCUGCCCAUUCAGGUUUAGGUGGAGGAAGUCUGAAGCUCUUUUGUCCUCCAGAACUCAUCAACUCUCUCUCUCUUAAAUUAACAAUGCCACUGCUGUCCAGUAUUGUCAUAAAGCGUGACCUCCGGCUCGCGAUAUAUGAGGUCAGUAAUGGCAGACUGGCUAUCAUCAACCGCGGAGGGGCUUUAACAAAGACGUCUCUCAUGAGCACACAGACACACCGCUUUUUAUGGUGUUAUUAGUCAUACUCUGGUCUAAGCCCACUCUCUGAACACCAACUCAGAUCUGAACAGCACAUCUACACAACAGACACAUACACAUAUAGCCUGGGCACUCACAAUCCAGACACCGCUGAUCAACACCAUAUGAUUCCAGCAUCACUUCCUGAGUCAGACUGGAGCACCGAAUGGGGGAAUAUAACUCUGUGACUCACAAAAGUGUCUGUUUGAUGUCACAACAAGAUCCAAAUAUCAUGCCAAAGUUGCCAUUGAGCCAAAGGGUACGUGGCAUGUGAUGUUUUUUUUCUUUUCUUUUUUUUUAUAAAUUAUUUAUUGGUUACUAUGACAGAAGUGGAUCUUAUGAGUCAUGUGUAUCAUUUUCCAACGUUAACUCUAUAAACAGUAUUUAUUUUCUUUCCAACUUACUUGAUCGGUAAAACUUGCCAGUGUUUAUCCUGCUGAUAUACAUAUAAAUAAUUUUUUUUUUCAUUUUACAUCACACUCAUAACUGUCUAGUCUAUAGAGCUGGAUUCAAUCAUCAGUAAGCAGUAAGCUAACCAUUGAGCUAACGGAAAAUGGACCCGAAUUUAGUUUUUCUAUCCCACUAAUUCAUCUUCAUAUCCUUAACAAUAUCCUGUCAAUAAGCAAAUGCUGUUAUAAUGUUAUGUUACAAAUGUUUAUCAAAUGGUUAUACAGUAUUAUAAAUAAAAUAUCGUGUUUAAAAAAA